AUGGAGCGGGGGCCUCCCCAGGGGCCCCAGGGGGGCCCCCAGGGGCCCCAGGGGCCCCCGGGGGCCCCCCAGGGCCCCCCGGGGGCCCCUCUUGCUGCUGCUGGGGAGCGGCAAAACAGCCUGCGGCUUUCUCCGUUGGAGUACAGCGGGAACGAGCUGUUUCGCUACAUUUUGCUGCUGCCGUCUCCAGUUCCUGCUGCAGUGCUGGCUUCUCCGCUGGGCUGCUGCUGCUGCUUGCGGGCCUUGUGUCCCUUCGACUUGCAUGUGCUGCUGCGGCUGCUGCCGCUGCAGCAAACUGUCUCCGAAAGGGCCAUGCGGCUGUGGGUCUCCUCCAGCAGCAUGGGCGAGCUGCGGCGUUCGCUGCAGCGCCUCGCAGCAGCAAGUUUCAUCCGCGCCAUCGAGCCCCCCGCUGCUGCUGCUGCUGCUGCUGCUGCUGGAGGGGCCCCCAAGGGCCCCCCUGCCCUUCAUAGGCCUCCCCCCCAGGGCCAGCUUCCCCCCCCGCGAGUGCUUCACCGCAAGCGGCUGCUGUGCGAAGAGAGGCCUUCGGCUGCGCCGGUGCAGCAGCCGCCGCAGCCCUUGUUCGCGGGCUCCCCUGCUGCUGCUGCUGCUGCUGCUGCUGCUAGCAGCAGCAGCAGCAGCAGCAGCACGGACUACGUGAUGGCGAAGGAGGCCUUCUCGUGGCUGCUGAAGGACUUGAAGGCCCAACUCUGUUCUUUGCUGCGGGAGUUUUUGCUGCUGGUGGACGGGGGCUUUCUUACAAAUGUGGCUCACGAAGCAGCAGUCCGCAGCAGCAGCAGCAGCAGCAGCAGCAGGGGCAAGGGGGCGAAGCGCGGCGGCAGCAGCAGCAGCCGCAGCAGCAGCAGCAGCAGCAGCAGCAGCGACAGGGCCCGCCCAGACGGGGGCGACCCAGGCGAGGGGCCCGCAGUGGCCUCCGCCGACCUCAUGGAAGAGACUUUGCUGCUGCUGGUGGCAAUUGCUGAGUCCACAAUAGGCCAGCCUUUCUCUCUGGCCCACAUGACGGCCCCACAGCUGCGGCUGCUGCACUUUUGUGAGGACUUGGGGAUUGUUUGGAUCUCCCCCGAGGGCGGUGGGGGCCCCCUGGGGGCAGGGGGGCCCCCCGGGGGCCCCCUGGCAGGGGGGCCCCCUGGGGGCCCCAGCAAGAAGGGCGAGGGCCGGGGGCCAGCCGGGGCCCCCGCUUUGCUUUUGCUGCUGCGCAUGCGCUGCUGA